AUGAGCGCAAACGAGAAUGAAAGUGCCCAAGUCAUCUCAAAGACUAAUGGCGAGACUCAACUUGAAUCUUUAGUGGGUGCGACUACGGCCAAAAGAAAGCGAUCUGCCCAGGACGAGAACCUAGGCGUUGAAUCCCAUGUCUCGAUUCCUUCGCAUGAGAAGGCUUCACUUCACGAGAAUCUCAGAGGUCUUGUAGGCCUGCUGAUCGCACACGACGAUGAGCUUCAUGUACUCUCCUACCCCUUCCCUUCAUCCGGAUCCAAGCAACGCACGAAGCGCGCCAAGACCUCGAAUGAACCAGAGACAACGAAUGUGAAGCUGCGUGUUGAAUCUGACCGCUAUAAUACUCUACAAGAAUUUCUAGCCGACAUUGAAAAGGCUACCGGGGCUAUCAUUGAUCGCGCCCAGAACCAAGCUCAGUCAAACGGCAGCAAACCUGAUGGCACAACCUUGACAGAGGUUGUGAGUCGCAUUGCAGCGUUCAAGAAGCACAUGAACGGCCUGAUCGGUCAAUCGUUUGUCAAUCACGCGGAGGUCAAGGCAGAGCAAUCGGAAGACGAUGCCGAGCAAUCCGCCGAAAACCUCGCGUCGAUUCCAAAUGUUCGCGAAGAUCGACAAGCACUGACUUUCUUUGGCUCUCUCCCUUCACAACCAGGUCACCCGAAGCAGCUCUUCUCCAGCCUUCAGAAAUCGGUCAAGUUAUCCCCAAAGGCCUCCGAACUCGAAGCCGAGAAAUUUGCCGAGGCUCAGGAAAGUCUUCGUGAAGCUGCGCUGCCUGCUGGGGUCAUGUGCACCAAAGUGGUGCCGCGCAAUCUUGACUGUGCGGUCCCAAAGAAGAGAACAUUUGGCGAGGUUUUUGUCCCUCGGGCUGGACUGCCAGCUUUGCAACCUCCACAAGCACGAAGUCACCAAAGCUCGACCCUUUCCUGGAUCGACCCUUUCGAUGCAGUGUUCGAUACUCGAAACUUCAUAGGAGACCGGAGCAGUUACUGCCUGACACCUCUUCCGGCGGGUCAUUGGCUGCAGUAUGGUGGUGUCGUGUCUUCACCUUCCUAUUGGGCGCGGGUUGAGAAGUCUCAUGCCGAGGCGAGAAGCAGUCCAGGACAUGGUGAUCCUGCCAUUUGGACAGGCGGAGAUUCUACUACGUUGCAGGGUGUUUACUCAUCAUUUGCACCAUCCUAUGACAGCUCAGGCGCUGUGCUUCAAAAUGACGCCAAAGAUCUGAUGUGGUGGGGGACGCGCGGCGCAAAUCGCUUGCGAACCAUGCUUUCCACCAACGAUGAGGAAGUCAUCACGCCGACGGUCCAACCCGGCAGCAUUGGUGAUCUUGACGAGAGCACACUCGAGGAAAUGGUCAAGCAGUUCAACCCGGAAGACUUUGUUUACGAUCGCACUCAAGACGAACCCAGCAAAGAGCAAGUGGAAGACCGCGAGGUUGAUGAAGUUCUGCAAGAAAUUUCUGAAAUGCUGGACACGCUGAGCUCAUACCAGAAGAUUCGAAAUCUCCAACCACCCCCUUCGAAAGAUGAAAUGACAGCGACAAAUGAGGGAACUACUGCUGCCCCCAAGAAUUCUGUUGAGAUUCCCUCAGAAGCCGAGCAGACUGUCUACGAAACCCUCAAGGCGGCACUUGUCGCCAUAAUCGCAAAUCUUCCACCUUUUGCAGUGGCAAAGCUCAAUGGAAAUCAGCUGGACGAGCUCAACAUUAGCCAGAAAAUUGUCAUUGAGAAUCCUGACUACAGUGGAACGAUGGAGAAGGAUGACUACACGCUGAAUCAAGAGCGUGCGGCAGCAAUCGCAGCUGCGGCAGCCACGAAUGCAGCGGCAGCGGCAUCUAAUUCUAUGAAUCGACAUUCGACACCUUCCUCAGCUCGAGCUGGAUACCAGCAAAACACCCAGGCUUCCUAUGCUCAACGUGCCAUGCCCGCGAAUUCCCAAAUGUCUCAAACACAGCCAAGAUAUCAUCAAAUCACACAGCAGGUUCGGCAAGGCUCCGUCGGGGGCUCCUUCAAUGUUGCUCAGACGGCUCAUCGUGCCCCAACUACGCCGUCUCAGAGACCAGGUUACAUGCCUCCGCAGUACUCUCAACCCAACCCUCAAUACAACCAAGUCGGCAACACGCCGCAAUUCCAACGGGCCCCCUCAAACGGCUAUGCGCAAUCUCCGCAGCCAUACACUCCCCAGCCAGGACAGGCUCCUCCUGCCUACCACGCCGCGCCGCAACAGCGCACUCCUUAUGCCAAUGCGGGCGUCCCUCAGCCAUUCCCAAGCGCAAAUCGUGCGCCGCCUCCCGCGAUGAACUCUGCAGCCUCGGCAAUGUAUGCUCGCAAUGCUGCCGACAAGCACCAGGCUGCUAAGGCCCAACUUGCUGCUCAGCUUGCCACUCAGUCGAGGCAGAGUCCAUCAACUCCGCAACCGCAUAAUCCUGACGCUCGCCCCUCACAAGAAGGCAGUAUGACCCCAGGCAAGCAAAAUGGCACCCCAAUGCCUCAGCAGCAAACAAGCUAG